AUGGUCCGUAACAUCCACAUCGCGGUCCUUGAUGUCGACAUUCCAGCGCGUAGACUGUACGAGGCUCGCGGUCUCUGCAGCGCGCAUUUCCGCGAUAUCCUUCGCGAAACGGCCUCGCACUUGAACGAGACCACCACUGUUGAUAAUCCGAUUCAUAUUACCGUCACCCCCUAUGACAUUCGCGGAGGUCAUUAUCCCGACUUCCACCUGCUGCGCGGCAGUCCGACUCAGGAGCACCUGCCCGUGUCCAACCCAAUUGAUGCAAUCUUGAUCACCGGAGGGUCUCCGGGCGUUUAUGAAAUGCCUCACUCGCCAUGGAUGCAGAUUCUGGAGAAGUUCAUCCAGACCGUUUACAGAGGCCACCCCGAUGUACGCAUCAUGGGUACCUGCUUCGGUCACCAGCUUAUUUCUCACGCGCUGGUUCGCGUGCCCGAGGACCCGGUCCGCGACGUCUAUGUUGAGAAAUGCCCGCUUGGUCGCGAGGUCGGUAUCUACACCGUGCAGCUUGAGAAGGAUUUCCUUCAGCACUUCCCUUCGGCUCUCGGCCAUCUUCCUCAGGGCCAGCUCCGUAUUCAGAUGUUCCACGGCGAUCGUGUGAUGGCCGUGGAGAAGGGAACUGCCGUGACUCUUAGCGAGUCGCCUCCUGUUUCCCUUCCUGCUCCUUGGAUCAAUAUUGGAAGUACGCCUAUCUGCCCGAUUCAAGGGCUUUACAAUCCCGGAAGGGUGCUGUCUGUCCAGGGACACUAUGAGAUGGAUGCCUUUGGUAUGCAGAAGAUGUGCGUGGAGAAUGCGCCCGUUAUGGGGUGGAAGGAGUCGAAGCUGGCUCUGUUCUUGGAGCAGGUUGGUCCCGAUAUGAAGGAGAGACAGGACGAUGCCAAGUCAUUUGCUACUGCCGUCCUCUCCUUCCUGGCUGAUCUUGAGGUAUGA